CGCGCGCCAGUUUCACUCCGAUCGCCGAGCGACCCGCGCACUCGUUGGCUCUGCUCGCUUUCUCCACGCUGCGCCGUGCUCGAGGCAGAACUGUUUCGACACGCCACUCGGUUGCGAAAGUCUGCGCGAUGAUAUACAAGUGAGAGCCGACAUCGGACGCCAGGGUAACGCUCAUCGCGCACGGUGAGCCAGUUUAUUCACGAGAGACAUUUAAACUCGCCAGCUGUGAGGGACGGGGGGCGCGCGACGCCGUAGAGUCGCACACGCGGGAGCAACGUUUCCUACAUUAACUUACUUCUGUGACGAAGGGACAAAAACCAAUUUUUAAUGUGUCAAGUCAGUAUAGCUUAUUGCUGCUACGUCAGAUCGCAGAACGCCUCGAGCAGGAACUACAAGGUUAUGCAAAUGAGUUCUGAACGCUUCUAUACCAGGGGUAAUCAAAAGACCAUUCACAACUUCAAUAAACUUUAACGUAAGUUGUACCGUAAGGUGUUUCAAGUGCUUAUCUAUCGUAUUCGUUUAUUUAUCGUUCAGUGUCGCGAUCGCUAAUUGCUAAUUACUGUGGGAGUAGAGUGAUAAGAAGCGAGGUGUUCGCGCGUGUGACAAGUGAUUAGAUCAGCCGGUGCCAGCAGCUAGGAUGGCGGCCCCGCAGGAGGAGUCGCUGCUCGCGCGCUGCGAGAUCCCCAUCAUUGACCUCGCCCACAUAGGCACGGACAUAUGUCCUAUGAAAUCAGUGGUACGUCGCAUCGGCCAGCAGUUGUAUGCAGCACUCAGCGGGAAAGGAUUGGCGUUGCUCGUCAACCACGGCAUCGCUGAAGAAAAGCUGAAGGCAGUGUACGCGGACCUGGACAACUUUUGCGCUCUGCCCGAGGCUUGCCAGGCGCAGUACCUCCGCAACGCGGACAGUAACCACGGCUACGUCAAGCCCGGCACGGAGCAGUUUGAUACCACCAAGAAGGAGUUGCGUCACCUGUUCAACAUCACGACCCUGUCGGCGGCGGCGAUGCCCGCUGACGAGGAAGUGCCAGAGUUCACCAAGCAUGCUGUGCCGCUGGCUCAUGACCUCACCAACCUCUCGCGAAUGCUGCUUCAGGCACUUGCCUAUGCUUUUGGUCUACCCCCUGCGACCCUGCUGAACUGCCACUCCGGGAUGCUGAAGAGCGACGGCACCAACAAGUCGACGAUGCGCCUGUUGUACUAUCCCCCGGUGCCUCCGGAGGACGAGGGUCCCUGCUGCGGUGGAGGCACGCCCUACACGCGGUGCGGUGCUCACGCAGACUACGGCACCUUCACUCUCCUCGCGCAGGACUCUGAGGGCGGGCUUGAGGUGAAGUUGAACGGCAGUGAGAAGUGGCAGUCUGUGGGACACCUACCAGGUGCCAUCCUCGUUCAGACGGGCGAACUUCUCGCCAACUGGACCACCGACAUCCUGCCCGCUCUUAUGCACCGCGUAGUGGUACCGUCCGGCGCGUACGCCCGUGCUCGCGCGCGUCAUUGCGUCGCGUUUUUCUGCCACCCCGACAACGACGCGAAGCUGCCGACGCUGCCCCUACGCGCGGCGCCCGCGCCCCCGCCGCCCGUGUUCACCCCGCACACUCACCUCACGCUGCACCACCGCCUGCUCAACGCGGCCCAUCACCUCCAGAAGCGGUUCCGGGAGACGUACGCGUGACUAGUGCGCGGCGGUGACAAGCGCGCGUACGAUUUCGCCGCUACGCGUUAACAGCUGACACCGCUAUACGAAAAUAUAAACGACGAAGAAAACUAAAUCUUCGUCAGAAACUAGAGAAACUAGUUAAAUUAAUAUUGGCAAUCGGCUUGUACCAGCCCAGUAAUUAUAAUAAAACCGUCGUUUGCACAAAAGACGAACUUGUAUCGUGAAUCGAUUGGUCUCCCUUAACUUGGCAGACAGUGGGCCGGAUUAGAAUAGGCUAUGUCUAACUAGCAUUUACACGAAGCAUUUUGUACUUAUUUGCAGUUAAAGUGGUAUCCUGUUCAAUAAUAAAGACAUGAAGUGUCUUUCUUCUACCAACGUGUAUUGUAGUCUAUAUCAGCUGAUUAGACUACUAAGUUUCUUUAACGACAAGACUCGUUUAAUCAUUCCCAUGGCAUUUCCCGUGUUGCGGAGUCCCAAUGAGUAAUUUUUCGCAUUUUGAGCGAUUUUUUUCCUUCUUUUACAUGUUUGGUCAUUUUAAUAUAGUUGUUUAGCAAUUAGCGACGUGCAUACGAUUUUUUACUAUAGUAUUUUGCUUUUUAUAACCCUAUUGUAUUGCUUCCUCAUUAUCUGUAUCUUAUUGUUAGUAUAAAUUAUUGUUUAUUAUUAUCGUAUUUAUUGUGCUGUUCUGUCACAGCUACUUACUACACUUAAAAGUAAAUCGUGUGAUGACUUUAUUAGCUCAAUUUUAGUCCGUGUACCUACUUAAGUAUACGAUUGUGUUCGUGCAUCGAAAUUUUUAUAUUAUUAUAGAUAAUUAAUUAGAAAUGACAACGUCAUUUAACAGUACUUAAUUGACAGUCAAUAUUAACUUGCCUCGAUUGUGAACAUGACAGAUUUUGAUAUCUACUUAAUUGGUAAUGAUGAUACUUAAUUGCGUAUUGAAAUAAGGUUUAAAGUACACACUAAUAAUUCUAUACCGUCUUGUAAAGUUCAUGGUUAAAGAAGACAAAGCAUUUUAGUUCCCACGUCAUAAAAAUAACUUAGAUAUAAUGUAUGCCUAUUACAGUCCUACAAUCUAUUAAGUACUUUGUCUUAUUUUACCAUGACCAACUUGCUUUUUCGCCACAUGUUGUUCUAAAAAUCACUACGCAUGGUCAGAUAACUUUAUGGUGUUACCUUAAAUUAAAUUACUUACUUUUUAAAAAGAGAUCUCUAAAAAAGCAGUUACUAUAUAGGCAUGGUUUUACGUUAUCUAUUAAUUGGCAUUGUAAACUAGUGUUUCGUCCAAUGACAUUAUAGUACCUCUUUACAUUGUUCUUGUUGCAAUAUUGUGUUUCUUAAUCUUGACUUUUUAUGAAUAAAUAAAUGCGCUGAUUACUUAAGCAA